AUGAGGGUCCCCGAACACGAGUUGAUGGGCGACGUCCUUUCGCGCAUGCAUGGGGGCAUACCGCUCCCUGUGUAUGCUAAUAUUGCGAAGUUUCGACGAGGGAACAACGGUCUGUACGUAGAUACAGAGGACUGGAAUGAGGUCUUGAAGAGAAGGCAGAUGGUUAACGCCAAAGAACGUUUGCGAAUUAAGAACCUGAACAGCAUGUUCUCCCGCCUGAAACGCAUGGUCCCGCUGGUGCAGCGUGACCGCAAGCCCAGUAAAGUGGACACACUCAAGGCUGCCACAGAAUACAUCCGCCUGCUGUUGGCUGUGCUGCAUGAUACCUCCAGCAGUGUGAGUGUGCUGGGCCUAAUGCCAGAUUCAGAGCUGACAAAGGGAGUGACGAUGACUGUUCCCAUGGUCACAGCCGGAAUAGGAGGGGAUGAGGGAGGACACGUGGGCGGACUGUUAUUGCACCACUGUGUGCUGCCUUCAUACCAGUACAUCAUACAGAUGACCCCGGAACAGGCCAUGGUAUAG